CGUGAAUGUAUCUCCAUCCAUGUGGGCCAAGCUGGGGCUCAAAUUGGCAAUGCAUGUUGGGAGCUGUAUUGUCUGGAACAUGGGAUCCAACCAGACGGACAUAUGCCCACUGAAAAGACGAUCGGAAGAGGAGAUGACUCCUUCAGCACCUUCUUUAGCGAAACAGGGGCAGGGAAGCAUGUUCCCAGAGCCAUCUUUGUCGACCUGGAACCUACUGUAAUUGAUGAGGUACGCACAGGAACUUAUCGUCAGCUGUUCCACCCUGAACAGCUGAUUACAGGAAAGGAAGAUGCAGCCAAUAACUACGCCCGUGGACACUACACCAUUGGCAAGGAGAUCAUUGAUCUGGUUCUGGACAGGACUCGUAAACUGGCUGACCAGUGCACUGGCCUGCAGGGAUUUCUCAUCUUCCACUCCUUUGGUGGGGGAACUGGUUCAGGUUUCACCUCCCUGUUGAUGGAGAGACUCUCUGUCGAUUACGGAAAGAAAUCAAAACUUGAAUUUGCCAUCUACCCAGCCCCCCAGGUUUCCACAGCUGUGGUGGAGCCUUACAACUCCAUCCUGACAACCCACACCACCCUGGAGCACUCCGACUGUGCCUUCAUGGUGGACAAUGAGGCCAUCUACGACAUCUGCCGCAGAAACCUGGACAUUGAGAGGCCCACUUACACUAACCUGAACAGGCUCAUUGGCCAGAUUGUGUCUUCCAUCACGGCUUCUCUUCGCUUUGAUGGAGCCCUGAAUGUUGACCUUACAGAGUUCCAGACCAACUUGGUGCCCUACCCUCGUAUCCACUUCCCUCUGGCCACCUACGCCCCGGUCAUCUCCGCAGAGAAAGCCUACCAUGAGCAACUGUCUGUUGCUGACAUCACCAACACCUGCUUCGAGCCGGCCAAUCAGAUGGUGAAGUGUGAUCCUCGUCAUGGUAAAUACAUGGCCUGCUGUCUGCUGUAUCGUGGUGAUGUGGUGCCCAAAGAUGUCAACUCUGCCAUUGCUGCUAUUAAAACCAAAAGCAGCAUCCAGUUUGUGGACUGGUGCCCGACUGGCUUCAAGGUGGGCAUCAACUAUCAGCCUCCAACUGUGGUUCCUGGAGGAGACCUGGCCAAGGUGCAGAGGGCUGUGUGCAUGCUGAGCAACACCACCGCCAUCGCUGAGGCCUGGGCACGUCUCGACCACAAGUUUGACCUCAUGUACGCCAAGAGAGCCUUUGUCCACUGGUAUGUUGGGGAGGGAAUGGAGGAGGGAGAGUUUGCAGAAGCCAGAGAAGAUAUGGCCGCCCUGGAGAAGGAUUAUGAAGAAGUUGGUGCUGACAACAUAGGAGAGGAUGAUGAAGGAGAUGAAUACUGACUUCUUCUGUCAUGCAUUGAAGCCAAAGUAAAUAAGUUCUUAUUACUGGUUUAACUUUAUUGUGGUGAAGAAAAAAAAAAACUUUAUAGCCAUAACAUAAAAACAAAUCAAAAUGGAAAAAUACUCUUGAAACAUCCAAAGUUUGAAGGUACUUUGAGGGACCUAGACAGGUCAACUGAAUCUGCAGACUGUGAGACAAAAAAUAUAUAUAAUUAAAAGUUUUAGCCAAACACUAGGUGUUAUUUUUACAGGAUCCUUUUAUGGUGCGAAUAAAAAGUUUAUAAGUUGCUUAUCUUCUUUCAGGCCUUCACAGAUCAAACUCAGAAACUUAGGCCAAACCCUCUCUUUUGUGCACCUCCCCCUCUGUACGCUGUACGCUGUCAUGUGGAAUGUAAGUUAUGAAAGAGCUCCUAUGUCAGUCAGUUUCUAUAUACCAUUCAGCUGUGACUCUGUGAGAGCGGCUGAGAGGGAACAUAACUGACUAAAUCACUGACUGGAGUUGUUUGUGUAGCUCAUACUCAGACAGUGGGCCUGCAGCAACAAUAGGAUCCAUGUUAUGCAUGAGUCACUGCUCUGGGACCAGAAAGGGGCUGUUGAAAAAGUUGUAACACAGAAAAGCAAAAAAAAAUUUUUUUUUUUAAAUGCCUCAUCAUUUCUUUAAAGUUUUGUUUGUUUUUAAUCUUCUUUCAUAUUAAUCCUCGGUGUGUUGAUAACCAAAGCAUUGUGUCUCUGUGUAUUGUAACUUCUCUUAAGACGAACCAUGAUUAACAAUUAUUUUUAAAUGCUGCUCUUGAUUUUAAGUACCACUGAAGCAUAUGUUCCAUACAUUUGAUGAUGCACAAUAAAAUACUUCACAGAUCUU